CUGAUGGCCAUUAGACAGAAGGAAACACCUCUGUGCGGAGGGACCAAAAAGAAGUAAAGAGCUGAACAAAGUCACUGAUAGAAAGAAUGAAAGGGGGGCGUUGGGGAGAAAAGGAGAUGUAGCGGAAGGGUCAUUAUUCGGUAAGUGAGCUGAGGGAGAAGCGUUGCGGCUUAUUUGUGCAUACGGCAGGUGGGGUGGAUCGCCUCUUUCUUGAAAGUUCCCUGGGGUCGAGCGUCCUGUGCAACGACAACAUUAAGGAUUACAACGCCGGAUUUUAGAAUCUCGGAAUCUACGAACAUUCUAUGCGUUUGUAAGCAAUGUUUUCCUUCUCUCCCUUCGUGUCAGAUUAUUUCUAGGAGAAAUCCUUCCUCUCCACAAACUUCCCUUAGUACACUCGACUCCCGUCUCUCUCGCCUCCUUACUCCCAUUGCGCCUCGUCAGAUUCCACCCACCAUUGAUACUCUGCUAUCACCAGAGCCAAAGAGGAAAAAUGGUUUCAAGAUAUAUCCUCUCCACCGGAAAUGUCAUGACCGCUGGCGCAGAAGUUAUCCGCAAACCAACCCUCGAGAAGUCGAACACGGAGUUGGUCAACUCUUUGCGCGAAAACUUCAAAGCGGCCUCCUCCCCCGCACUCCCCCCUAGCGCGAGCCCGAACCCCGCAGCGACAAGCGGCCCGGAAAUAAGACUGGCGCCGGAAGAGUGGACAAAACUAGGGUCAGAUGGGGUCUUGUACGUUCCUGCGGAAAGUAGUGAGCCGCACGGACUGGCAGAGGACAGAGAAGAAUACGAUGUGACCGGUAAUUUAAGCCCUCUUUUCGACUUUACCGCGCCGGCCAGGCACACGGGAAUUCAAUUACUGAUCAUUCAUAAGUAAAACUAUUCUACCUCCCGGGAGUCCCGUCCUCUUCCCGCUGCACGCACACCGAAGAGGCCGUACGUCUAGUUUGCAGGGAGCUCGGAAUAUCCUCCAUCGACCUAUUGAUUGUCUCCUUCCCCAACAUCUCCUUCGACGCCGAGGACGAAGACAUAUCCUCGGAGGAAGACGUCAGCGAAUGGGUCCGCACAUACCGUACUCUCGAGAGUCUGCACUCCGCGAAGAAGAUAUCCAAGAUUGGAUUGGCGGAGUUUGGAACCACUAGGUUGUCUCAGUUGCUACCACAGACGAACGUUAAGCCUUCGGUCGACCAGAUCAAUGUUCGGGAUUGCUGUGUCGUGCCCAAGCCCUUGAUACUCUACGCCAAGGAGAGGGGUAUCGAGUUGUUGACUCAUAACGACUGCACGGAUAUCUUGCCCGUUGAUACCUUAAGGCAACUGGUUGUGGAUGAGUUCGGGCUCUUCAAGACUGACGCAAAGCUGGUCCCGCAGUGGGUAGUCAAGUACACGGCUGUUAUUAGGAGUCGAGGUGUUGUGGAGAAUAAAGGGCAAGUCAACUGA